CUACAAAGGCAAAUUAGGCCAGCGCUUUUUAAUCUCUAAGUAGAAAUAAUCUACUUUUUCCACCUGCGCCCGAGUAUAGAUAUAAUUGAAUCGCAAAUAUUUUCCCGGUCGGUACAUCCCUCAACCGCACUCUAAUGGCAGGCAUCCUUGCUUAGAGAAAAUUCAGUUAAAAUACCCCUUCAGCAUUGCCUAGAGAAAUGAAGCCUUCACAACCAAAAUUAUUUUUAUGCUUAUCUUGAAAUUUUAACUGAAAAAAAAAGCUAAAAAAAAAAGACAAAUGCAUGAUGCAUGUCGUUUUCAUUUGUCUUCAUAAAUACUAAUAUAUGCUUCACUGUGUUUAGAAGUUUAUUGAACAUACAUUGACACCAUUUUAACCUUUUUUAUAUUUAAAUUUGAUGCCACUGCCAAAAAGAGGCUAAGCUUUUUUAGGUCAUGAUCAGUUGUUUUUUUUUGAGUCGGCAAAUGCAGUUGGUCAACCUUUUCAAAGUCAUAUAACAUCAACGCUGGUCAAAAAGCAGAUAAAUUGCCAGCUAGACCUGACCGAAAUUCAUACAGCCAGAAUGGACAGUUGACUGUUUAUUAAUUUGGUAGUUACAAAGUUAAUUCUCCGACUCAAGUUUUCAGAAAAAAGUGAAGUACUUUCUACGGUAAAAAUUUGUCCUUGCUUUUUAGUUUUCACGCUUAAUCUAAUUUUCAUUUGAUUUUCUGCUUAUUACCGCGGAGCCUUUUUCUUUUUGUCAGGUAGUCGCUUUUAUCAGAGUUGCAUUAUGGCAAAUAUUCUCCACCUUUCACGAGUACUCAAAUAUACAAACAAACUCAUUCGAUAUGCUGCCAAUAAAUAGCACGGCCGCGGGCUAAAAAGUGCAUUUACCACAGCCCGGCCUUAUCCGGCUGAAAAAGUGAUAAUAUGACUUUCACUCCAUCGAACUUGUUCUCCAGUUUUUUUUUUCAGCGUCGCUUGAAUUAAUAUUUUGACCAGCAAGUAUUGCAUUGUGAGAAUAUUUACAAUUUGGUAAUAAUGAUAAUAGUUACGAAUUUAUGAGGCGGUAGUAUAGAAAAUUACCUGUUUCAUAAAAGUCUGGGCAGGCUAGAAUUGGAAACUGAGAUUUCCCUGGCCUCGACCCUUCUGCCCACUCGCGGGGCUGAAAUUACUUUUUCAAAAUUCAUUUCUCGUCUCUUGAGGUCAUACCUCGAUUAGCUUAAUCUUAAUUUGUUCUUCCUCUGCAACCUGUUCCGAUUCUUUCAUAUUAUGACCACGCUGGCAAGAAGUAACAAGACAUUUUCUACUAAAGCCUUUUCUACAACAAUUUCCACCAAUAUGUUCAUAUUUUUUGCCAAGAACACAUUCCUUGACAUUUAAAUACUGCUUAAUUAUCAAUCGCCUAAUCGAUGAUCAUUGUUUUAAUCGAUGGUCGGAACAUAAUCUGAAAUAAUGAAGACAGUCGGAACAUAAUCUGCUUUCAUAAGCUCUAAGUUAUCUACUUCCGAUUAUGGAAAUGGACAGCUUCGGUUUCUACCAUCCGAGUCACGACUCUGAUUCAUCUGCAGCUACUAGUUCGACUCCCAAGGAGAAAGUGCCUCAGAGCAACUUCGUGAACAAUAUGAUGGCCGCCGUUUUUGCCUCCGUUUUAUUCUACGCUAUUCUUUCACUGGUUUUCUUCGUCAUAAUCCUGGCACGAUACCUCGAACAGAAGUGUUGCACUUCGGGCGAUGGCGAGGAGAGUAUUCGGAUUAAGUUCAAGCCCGAGAAGGCUUCACUCGGAUCCGGCAGUAGUGGCAAGCCGGGCGCCAUCCACCUCGGAGCUAUGCGCAUAAAAUAGUCAAUCAAAAGUUUUUUAACCUAAUGAAAAAGAUAACUGUACAAUUUUAAUCAAAUAAUUAGAUAAAUUUGAAGCCGGAACCAAGUAUACUUUUUUCACCA